AUGACGGAGCCGCAGACGCCCCAUUGGGGAAGAAGAUCGGCAGUUGGCAACGUGGCUCUAAGGCCGCACAGGGAACGACCCAUGGUCGUUGCUCACCUAAUCACCGAUGGCGUCUUCGUUUCGGUGCUCUACUGCUUCCUCAACACCGAGGUGCGCCGAACGCUGCGCAAGCGCUGGCGCCAGUACCUGAUGCGCAUGGGCGGCUACCCUCCGCUCCACCAGCGGAAGAGCACGAGGAGCACCAUCAUAGUGUCGUCGUCGCUGUCCAUGCGCAGAACCACCCGCAGCAGCCACAUCCCGCUGACGCCCUCGCCCUCGCUCCACCCGUGUCAGCCAGGCCUCACCGCCGUCAGCAACUUCAGCUCAUCACUGGAGCACACACACGUCGUGCUGAUGCCGUCGGCGUCCUGCGACUCGCGCUCACUGGCGCCCCUGGCGGCUGACGCGCCAGCCAUCGUACACUGCGCGUCCGACUCGUUGCUGACCGUCCACGCCCACCCAGACCCGGAAUCAGCCGAGGGCGACGCCCCUGGCUCUCCUCCCAGUGGACUCAUGCCCGUCCGAGUCGCUAAAGAUUCCCCGUCAACCGUCCAUGUCCCUAACUCAUCAUCCUCCGAUCACAUCACAUCUCAUUGGCUGUUUAGUGACUCACAGGCCGCCUUCACCAGUACCCCUGAUUUGCCCUCAGCCGUCCAUGAUACUGGCGACACAGGACCAACUAUUCACAGUUCUGCUAAAUCAUUAUCAAACGUCCACACCACCACUGACGCGCCACGUGCUAACCACACCUCUACUGACUUAACAUCAUCUAUUCAUGAUCUCGUCAAACCAGCAUCAAUUGCUCACAUUACUAACGACACACCAGUUAAAGGAACCGACGAGUCUCAUUCACCUGUUUACAUUGACUCUCCAUCAAGUGCUUGUAUACCUCCCGACUUGCCAUCUGCCGUCCACACUGCUACUCCACCAGCUGCCACCACCGCUAGUUUUGAUUCACAACCAGCUGUGCAUGCUUCUCGUGACUCUCCAAUAACUUUACGUACACCUGCUGACCUAACAAAAACUAUCUAUGGCCAGAAUGACUCACCUUCACCAGUACAAACUGAUACUAACUCUACCGCUACUGACUCAAAAUCAGUCCUUUGCACUGCUGCUGACUUGAGAGGGACUGUUAGCACCACUAAUGAGUCGUCAUCAUCUCUCCCAUCUUCAUCCGAGUCACCCUUAAAGUGA